AUGGCUUCCAAGAAGAAGUGGGCCGAGCGGCGGGAGCUGCGCCGGGAGCAGACCUGCUCCACGCGUGACGACGCCUCCGUGGCGUCCGGGGCGUCGGGGCCGGGGCGUCCCACCACCAGGGGGCGCUUCUCUGAGUCGUGGAAGAGGCUGAGCUCCAGAGGGGGUUCCACCAAGAGGGGGGCGCUGGGCUCUCAGCAGCCAGCGGCACAGAAGUCCUGGAUAGAGAGAGCGUUCAGCAAGAGGGAAUGUGUUCACAUCAUCGUGAGCUCCAAAGACCCCCAUAGGUGCUGUUGCGGCCGUUUGAUAGGCCAGCAUGUGGGUCUGCCUCCGGGCAUCUCAUCGAGUCAGAAUGAUAAGGCGGAACGGUUGGCCAAGAAUGGCGGUCUGUCUGAGAAGUGGUCCAUCAGCAAACACACCCAGCUCAGCCCCACCGACGCAUUCGGCACCAUCGAGUUCCAGGGCGGAGGACACUCCAACAAAGCCAUGUACGUCCGAGUGUCUUACGACACCAAGCCCGACCUGCUGCUGCACCUGAUGACCAAGGAGUGGCAGCUGGAACUGCCCAAGCUGCUCAUCUCCGUCCACGGCGGGCUGCAGAACUUUGAGCUGCAGCCAAAACUCAAGCAGGUGUUUGGCAAAGGGCUCAUCAAGGCCGCCAUGACAACCGGAGCCUGGAUCUUCACGGGAGGGGUGAACACAGGGGUCAUUCGCCAUGUCGGCGAUGCGCUCAAAGACCACGCCUCCAAGUCCAGGGGAAAGAUCUGCACUAUUGGCAUUGCUCCCUGGGGCAUCGUUGAAAACCAAGAGGAUCUGGUUGGGAAAGAUGUGGUGCGGCCGUACCAAACCAUGUCCAACCCCAUGAGCAAGCUGACCGUUCUCAACAGUCUGCACUCGCACUUUAUCCUGGCGGACAACGGCACCACGGGGAAGUACGGGGCCGAGGUCAAACUGCGACGGCAGUUGGAGAAACACAUCUCCUUGCAGAAGAUCAACACGCGUAUAGGUCAGGGUGUGCCAGUGGUGGCUCUCAUUGUGGAAGGAGGCCCCAAUGUGAUCUCCAUAGUGCUGGAGUACCUCAGGGACACGCCCCCAGUCCCUGUCGUGGUGUGUGAUGGCAGCGGGAGAGCCUCAGACAUCUUGGCGUUUGGUCACAAAUACUCCGAAGAAGGAGGCAUAAUUAAUGAGUCUCUGCGAGACCAGUUGCUGGUGACCAUCCAGAAAACGUUCACCUACAGCCGCAGCCAGGCUCAACAUCUGUUCAUCAUUCUCAUGGAGUGCAUGAAGAAGAAGGAGCUGAUAACGGUCUUUCGGAUGGGGUCAGAGGGUCAUCAAGACAUCGACCUUGCCAUCCUCACUGCACUGCUUAAAGGUGCCAACGCUUCAGCUCCUGACCAGUUGAGUUUGGCUCUGGCGUGGAACCGAGUUGACAUCGCCCGCAGUCAGAUCUUCAUCUAUGGGCAGCAGUGGCCUGUCGGUUCCUUGGAGCAAGCCAUGUUGGACGCCUUGGUUCUGGACCGAGUGGACUUUGUCAAGUUGCUGAUUGAAAAUGGAGUCAGCAUGCACCGCUUCCUCACCUUGUCCAGGCUGGAGGAGCUCUACAACACGAGACACGGCCCGUCCAACACGCUCUACCACCUUGUCAGGGACGUCAAAAAGGGAAACCUGCCCCCAGACUACCGCAUCAGCCUCAUCGACAUCGGAUUGGUCAUUGAAUACCUCAUGGGCGGGGCUUAUCGUUGUAACUACACCAGGAAGAGAUUCAGGACUCUGUACCACAACCUUUUUGGACCAAAGAGGCCCAAAGCCUUGAAACUGCUGGGGAUGGAGGACGACAUGCCGAUCCGAAGGGGCCGCCAGAAAACCACGCGCAAGAGAGAGGAGGAGGUGGACAUCGAUCUGGACGACCCAGAAAUCAACCACUUCCCUUUCCCCUUCCACGAGCUGAUGGUGUGGGCCGUCCUGAUGAAGCGCCAGAAGAUGGCGCUGUUCUUCUGGCAGCACGGCGAAGAGGCCAUGGCCAAGGCCCUGGUCGCGUGCAAACUGUGCAAGGCCAUGGCCCACGAAGCGUCCGAGAAUGACAUGGUGGACGACAUCUCGCAGGAGCUCAACCACAACUCCAGAGAGUUUGGCCAGCUGGCAGUGGAACUUCUGGACCAGUCCUAUAAACAGGACGAGCAGAUGGCCAUGAAGCUCCUGACUUAUGAGCUGAAGAACUGGAGCAACGCCACCUGCCUGCAGCUGGCGGUAGCGGCCAAGCAUCGAGAUUUCAUCGCGCACACCUGCAGCCAGAUGCUGCUGACCGACAUGUGGAUGGGGCGACUGCGGAUGCGCAAGAACUCAGGACUGAAGGUGAUCUUGGGUCUGCUCUUGCCGCCGUCCAUCCUGAGCCUGGAGUUCAAGAACAAGGACGAGAUGUCCUACAUGCCCCAGGACCAGGAGGCCUACUUGCAGGAGAAGGAGGAAGAGGAGCCGGAGAAACCGGUCAAGGAGAAAGAGGAGGAAGACAUGGAGUUCACAGUAAGGUCUUACUGUGAGGCGCAGUACAACUCCGUGGCGAUGCUGGGAAAGGUAACCACGGAGACAUCCAGGAAGAAGGAUGUGGAGGAGGUUCAGAACCGCCACCGCCUGAUCCCCAUGGGACGCAAGAUCUACGAGUUUUACAACGCGCCCAUCGUCAAGUUCUGGUUCCAUACGAUGGCCUACGUGGGCUACCUGAUGUUGUUCAACUACAUUGUCCUGGUCAAGAUGGACCUGUGGCCCUCCACUCAGGAGUGGAUCGUCAUCGCGUACAUCUUCACCAACGGCAUUGAGAAGAUGAGAGAGAUCCUUAUGUCAGAGCCGGGAAAGUUGUUACAGAAGGUCAAGGUGUGGCUUCAGGAGUAUUGGAACAUCACAGACCUCAUGGCCAUCCUCAUAUUUUCUGUCGGCAUGGUUCUGCGUCUCCAGGAGCCUCCGCUCAUGAGCUAUGGACGGGUCAUCUAUUGCGUCAACAUCAUCUACUGGUACAUCCGGCUGCUCGACAUCUUUGGUGUCAACAAGUACCUGGGGCCCUAUGUCAUGAUGAUUGGCAAGAUGAUGAUCGACAUGAUGUACUUUGUCAUCAUCAUGUUGGUGGUGCUCAUGAGCUUCGGGGUGGCCCGGCAGGCCAUCCUCAACCCCAACGAAGAUCCAUCUUGGAUGCUGGCAAGGAACAUCUUCUUCAUGCCUUACUGGAUGAUCUACGGAGAGGUCUUUGCGGACCAGAUUGACCAUAUGCGUAUUAGGAAGUUACAGCAAAGGCUGAAUGAGAAAAUCUGGCUGGUCGAAAAUUACUUGCGAACGUACGGAACCUGGCGUAGUAACUGUCCAUCCCACGGUGGCCAGUGCAGUCAGAAUCCCACGCCCUGCGGACAGAACAUCACCACAGAGGACGGGGUGGUGGCUUUGCCUCCGUGCAAGACAGGCGCCUGGAUUGUCCCCGCCAUCAUGGCGUGUUACCUGCUGGUGGCCAACAUCCUGCUUGUCAACCUACUCAUUGCUGUGUUCAACAACACCUUCUUCGAGGUGAAGUCCAUCUCCAACCAGGUUUGGAAGUUCCAGCGUUACCAGCUCAUCAUGACCUUCCACGAGCGCCCGGUCCUUCCCCCGCCGCUCAUCAUCUUCAGUCACAUCACCAUGGUUCUCAAGCACUUGUGUUGUCGCUGGCGCAAGCACGACGACGACGAGAGGGACUAUGGACUCAAGCUUUUCAUCACGGAGGACGAGCUGAAGAAAGUCCACGACUUUGAGGAGCAGUGCAUCGAGGAGUAUUUCCGGGAGAAAGAUGACCGAUUCCACUCUUCUAACGACGAGAGGAUCCGAGUUACUUCCGAAAGGGUGGAGAACAUGGCCAUGCGUCUUGAGGAGGUCAACGAAAGAGAACACUUCAUGAAGGCCUCGCUGCAGACGGUCGACAUCCGCCUGGCGCAAAUGGAGGAGCUGAUCGGACGAAUCGCCGUGGCCUUGGAGCGCGUGACGGGCGUCGAGCGCGGGGAAGUCAACAAAGUCCGAUCCCGCACGUCGUCCGACUGCACGGACUCGGCGUACAUCCUCCGCCAAGGGGACUGUGCGGACGCCGCCUACAUCCUCCGGCAGAGCAGCUUCAACAGCACCGAGGGGAACGCGUACCGUUUGCAGGAGGCACUUGAAGGCACCGCCGAAGGCUCCAUGUCCCCGCCCUCCCCCACCGGCAUGGCGGCGCGGAGGAGGAGUCAUUCGUUUUACGGCGCAGGCGGCCGAGGAGGCGAACGCUGCAGUGGUGCCGAACGAGCCGAUAGCUUCUUCAAAGAACGCUCGCUCAGUCUGCAUCGAGCCAACAGCUCACAGUCCGUGUCAUCGGCAGCCGCCACCAAAGAGUCUAAGCCCCUCCCCCUGGCGACGUUGUCCGUCUCCCAGCAGCACCGCCCGUCGUCGUGUAUCGAUAUUUACGUGUCCACGUCUGAAGAGGUGGGGCCCGCGGAGGUUUUUCUCGAUCCUCUGCGCAUGGUCCCGCCGCUCCAAAGAGAGGCGUCGUUGCAUUCCGACGCCAUGGAGACGGUGCUGCCGGGAGGCCGGGACUUCAGCAGCGCCGCCGCCGCCGGCGGUUUGGGUGACAGGCACUCGGAGGGCGGCGCGGCCGUCAGCGGCACCGCCGGAGCCAUGUUUGACGACAGCGCGGCGGCGGAUUUGUCGCUGUGCUCGUCCCACCUGGCCCCUUGGGACACGGAACCGUCGCCGCCGCCGUCCGCGGGGCCGCUGGAGCGCUCCAAGAGCAGCCGCCUCCUCUCAGCGGUGGGCGCGUCUUUCCUGGAGGAGCCUCCUUUGGUCAAGUCGCACAGCCUCGUGUUCACGCCCAGAGGCUGCUACGGCGGACUGGGGGCGGGCGUCCAGGUGAAGGCGGCGGAGUACACCAGCAUCACCGACUGCAUCGACAUCCGCUGCGUGUCGUCGCCGUACACCCCCGUAGAACGCUCACACUCCCCCGGGGGGUCCACAUCCUUCCCCUUCGACAAGCCCUCGGACAUUAUCUCCUCCCACCCCGAGAGAGAGGCUGAGCUCAGUCACACCGAGUCCGACCCGGAGGACCCAGAGGAGUCCGACGCCCCUCGCCGGGGGACCCUCGGCGGGGCCCCCCUCUGCUCCCCCUACUCCAGGAUGGAGCGGGCCAACAGCUGCUCUUCGGACGACUCCCAUCCUUCGCUCACGCCGGCCCCUCCGCACCGGAAGAGCCUGUCGGUGAGUGAGAGGAUGGAGAGGGGACCGGCUGGUCCGGGGGCAGACAGGGGGCCUGUCCCUGGUGGGCGGGGUCUGGCGGGAACCAGAAACCCCUUCCUCCGGAGCAAAACCGGGGCGCGACCUGACGCAGGCAAGACUGACAGCCUCUCCAUGAGGAAGCUGGCGGCUCCGUCGGCGUUUCGCAGCUUUGAUAGACAAAACUACACGUGACAACACACACACACACACACACACACACACACACACACACACACACACACACACACACACACACUGCAAGAACCAGAGAAGAGGAGCGCAAAGGGAAAGGGGGGUUGGGGGGGAUCUCUGCCCCUUAUAUCUCAAUCUGAACCAGGUGCUGGAGCUCGUGAGCGACUCCCUCCUGCACACCAAAAACCAAACAAAGAGCUACGAAUCUCGAUUCCGAUUCCAUCCCUUCUUCUCACGGAACUCCUUCACUCCCUUUCCAUGGAAGCUGCGUUCCAGCUGUAGGUCUUCCACCCUCCAUCUUGAAACGUGUCCUUGUCUCGCCCGGGCAAGAGCGAAAACGAACGUAAGACUAAGACCAGGAAGUCCGUUUAACGGUAGACUGAAAAACAAUGUGAAACGGAGCGACGUACAGUAGGGGAGGGAUUCAUACGGCCCUCGUUCCUGGGUUUAUCUCGCGUGAGGGGACUUUGCAAUGCAGUCUGCUGAAAAUGAUGGAAAAGCGCCACUCUACAUGGCAAAUGCCAGAAAACCCCAUUUAAUUUUUUUUUUUAAUUGUCACGUUUCAUGUGUCAGGUAAACCGUGACCAUUUGGGCCAUAUGGAUCCCCUUCCUACUGUAGCUGCUUUAUUGUCCAAUCACGAUGCACUAUGUAGUUGGCAUGGCAACCCCCUAACUGUCCAUCCCUGUUAUCCCCUGUAGGCACUGAUCAGCAUCCGAUUAACGAGGCAAUUAUGUGAACUGUUCUGUCGUCCAUGACGAAUCUACGAAUCUCCGGUUGAAGCUCUCUGCAGUCAAAAGGUGACAACUUUAUGGCGCGUAAUGUGUCGAGUCAGCAAUCUGUGGGUCACAUGGCCGCGUGGUAAGAGAGGAAAAACCAGACAUUGAAGCUGGGAAGUGGAAGACAACGUAAACGUAUUCAGUCACCAAAGAAUAAUUGGUGUUCCUUGUUCUGGCUCCUUAACAUUCAGGUUUUACUUUCACUUUCUUUUAUGGAUCUGUGGCCAAAUUGUCAUCCGUUUGCUUUCAUUCAAGCAUGCAAAGUCAAAUUCCACCCACUACAGUCGUCCCUCGCACGAAUACGAAGCAUAUUCUUUGUAUUUGUGGCCUAAAUUAAGCAUUUUAAAGCAAAAAUAAUGUCUGAACCAGGGGUGUCCAAAGUCCGCAGCUAUUUUUUCAACGGCCCGCGGCACAUUCUAACAAUACUAUUAAAAAAAACAUAUACUAGUGGAGUAAAAGAUAAUACAGGUGAAAUGUAACAGGAAAAAUGUUGCAAUGUUGGCGCUAAUAACACAAAGCUCCUUUCUUUCUUUAAAACUGUCAUUGUUCAAAAAAUAAUAAUGAAUCAAAAUCAAUGUUGUUAUGAAUUGUUGACCGAUUAAGAGCUAAAGACGUAUAAUCGAAGGAAUGAUCUGAAGUUGAUCGAGAUACUUAGGUGAUAAAAGUAAAAAAAAAAGAAAAAAAGUAUGACUUAUUUUCAACACUUUUAAUGAGUGGGACCCUUUUGGGACUCAAAGAAUUUUAGUGUUUUUUUAUUUUUCUUUUAACUGUCACUGCUCAAAAAAAACAAAAAAUAAUUAAAAUCAAUGUUGUUAUGAAUGACCUACUUAGAGCUAAAAACUUAUAAUCGACGGAUAAAUCUGAAGUUGAUCACGAUAUUUAGGUGAUAAAAGUAAAACAAUUAAAAAAUAUGACUUAUUUUUAACACUUUUAAUGAGUGGGACCCUUUUGGGUCCCCAAGAAUUUUAGUGGAUUUUUUUUAUUUCAUUUUAACUCUCAUUGCUCAAAAAAAAUAAAAAUGAAUGGAACCCUUGUGGGUCCCCAAGACAUGUUUAAGGCUACAAUUAUUUCACAUGAAAUAUUCCACUUAGAAUUUUUUUUCUGGGGAAAUUAUUGCAUAUUUUGUGUGUUUACCAUACAGUAUAAAAAAACAUUUUUCUUUGACAAAAAGGGCAUAAAACAAACAAAUGAAAAUGUGAAAAUAUAAUAAGAACUUAUAAUCGACGGAUGGGUCUGAACUUGAUUGAGAUUCUUAGGUGAUUCAAGUAAAAAACAAAAACAAAGUAUGACUUAUUUUUAAUACUUUUAAUGAGUGGUACCCUUUUGGGUUCCCAGGAACUUAAAUGGGAUUUUGUUUGAACUGCCAUUACUAAAAAAUACAAAAAAAUAAAAAUCAAAGUGGUUAUAAAUUAUUGACCUAUUCAAGGCUCCAAUUACUUCACAUCAAAUAUUCCACAUUUAAUUUUUUUCUGUGUAAAUUAUUGCAUAAUGUUUGUUUGCCAUAUUAAAAAAACUAUUAUUUGACAAAAAGGGCAUAAAACCAACAAAUGAAAAUGUGAAAAUAUAAUAAGAACAAUCGACGGAUAGAUCUGAAGUUCAUCGAGAGACUUAGGUGAAAAAAGUUUUGAAAAAGUAUGACUUAUUUUUAAAACUUUUAUUUAUUGGGACCCUUUCGGGUCCCCAGGAACUUAAAUGGGAUUUUGUUGAAAUUACUCAAAAAAUAAUAAUGAAUUAAAAUCAAUGUUGUUAUGAAUUAUUGACCUUUUCAAGGCUCCAAUUACUUCACAUCAAACAUUUCACUUUGAUUUUUUUCUGUGGAAAUUAUUGCAUAAUUUUUGUUUGCCAUACAGUAUACAGAAACUAUUUUUUGAUGAAAAGGACAUAAAACCAACACAUAAAAAUGUGAAAAUAUAAUAAGAAUGAUCGACGGAUAGAUCUGAAGUUGAUCGAGAUACUUAGGUGAUAAAAGUUUUUUAGUUUUUUUUUAAGUUGACUUAUUUUUAACACUUUAAAUGAAUAGGACCCUUUUGGGUCCCCAAGAAUCUUAGUGUGUUGUUCUUUUAACUGUCAUUGCUCAAAAAAUAAUAAUGAAUUAAAAUCAAUGUUGUUACGAAUUGUUGAUCUAUUCAAGGCUCCAAUUACUUCACAUCAAAUGUUCCACUUUAUUUAUUUUUUCUGUGGAAAUUAUUGCAUAUUUUGUGUGUUUACCAUACAGUAUAAAAAUAAGCAUUUAUCUUUGACAAAAAGGGCAUUAAGCAAACAAAUGAAGAUGUGAAAAUAUAAUAAGAACUUAUAAUUGACGGAUAAAUCUGAAGUUGAUUGAGAUACUUAGGUCAUUCAAGUUAAAAAAAUAAAAAAAAUACUUAUUUUUAACACUUUUAAUCAGUGGGACAUUUUUGGGUCCCCAAUAAUUUUAGGUUUUUUUUUAAAUUAUUUUAACUGUCAUUACUCAAAAAAUAAUAAUAAGUCAAAAUCUAAGUUGUUAUGAAUUAUUGACCUGUUCAAGGCUCCAAUUACAUCAAAUAUUCCAUUUAGAUUUUUUUUCUGUGGAAAUUAUUGCACAAUUUUUGUUUGCCAUAUAGUAUAAAAACACAAUUUGUUGACAAAAAGGGCAUAAAACCAACAAAUGAAAAUGUGAAAAUAUAAUAAAAACAUAUAAUCGAUGUAUAGAUCUGAAGUUGAUUGAGAUACUUGGAUGAUAAAAGUUUUAAAAAAAAAAUAAUAAUAAUUUUAGUGUUUUUUUUCAAUUAUUUUAACUGUCAUUGCUCAAAAAAUAAUAAUGAAUUAAAAUCACUGUUACGAAUGAUUGACCUAUGUAAGGCUCCAAUUACUUCACUUCAAAUGUUCCACUUAGAUGUUUUUUUCAGGGGAAAUUAUUGCAUGUUUUGUGUUUUGCCAUAAAAAGAGAGAAUACAACUAAUAAAUAAAUAAAAACUAAUAAUCAACAGAUACAUCUGAAGUUGAUCUACAUACUUAAGUGAUGAAAGUUAAAAACAAUUAAAAAAAAUAAAAAUAAGUAUGACUUAUUUGUAACACUUUCAUGAGUGGGACCCUUUUGGAUCCCCAAUAUUUUUUAUUUUUUUUAAAUGUCAUUGUUUAAAAAAUAAUGAAUUUAAAUCAAUAUUAUGAAUUAUUGACAUAUUUAGGGAUCCACUUACUUGACAUAAAAUAUUCAAUUUUGAACUUUUUUGUAGAAAAAUAUUGCAUAUUUUUUUGUUUUUGACAAAAAAGGGCAUAAACCGUUCAAUAAAAUAUAUAUUUUGUACCUUUUAUCGACAAAGAGACCUGAAUUUGAUCUACAGAUUUAAGCAUAGAAUAAUAAUAAAUGAUUUUUUUUUUUUACAUUUUUUAUGGAGACCCUGAGACCAAACUUGAGGGAGCACUAAAGGUUUAAAAAAAAAUCUAUGUAUUUGUUUUGAAAAUGAAAAAUAUCAAAAUGGCCUCGUUUGGGCACCCCUGGUGUAAAGGAACUGAAAAUAUUAAUAUUGCAGUAAUAUUGGCCCCAAGAUGAGACUGUGGCUCCUAGAGUCAUUUUAUUUACUGAUAAUUAAUUACUAAUAAUAAUGAACUAAUAAUAUUACGUCUUCUGUAUCGGACUAAAGGGGUGUGAUGUGGGUGAUAUUUCAUGUCUACAAAGCGCUCGUAUUUAAAAAGUGGUAAACAAAAUAUUGAAUUUACAGAAGUCCCUCAGCUUCCUGGUUUUUCCUGCGUCACAUGUCGACUAUUAAUUCGGCCCCAAAAACAUAAUUGUGACAUGCCUUUUAUUUU